GCGCAUGAGCGGCAGACACGGCGCCAACGACGACGAGCUCUCUCCGACCCUCCCACCGCGUGGGCCCCGCGCUGCGUUCACACUUCUGUCACAGCCCCUCCUUCCGCAGGCAUCCAACCAACCCCACCCCACCGCCCGUGGGCCUUGUCUACAGGCUACCGCUUCGCAGCCAUCUGCUCCGCCCCGACUCCGCUAGUUCGCCGCCGCCGCCGCCGCCGCCGCUCCGUCCGUUCGCUCCAGCAUGGCCGCCGCGUCGUCUGCCACCUCCGUCCACGAUUUCACCGUCAAAGAUGCAAGCGGGAAAGACGUAGACCUCAGCACCUACAGGGGCAAGGUUCUUCUCAUCGUCAACGUCGCUUCCCAGUGUGGCUUAACUAACUCCAACUACACCGAGCUGGCCCAGCUAUAUGAGAAGUACAAGGAUCAAGGCUUUGAGAUCCUGGCUUUCCCAUGCAACCAGUUUGGUGGGGAGGAGCCUGGCACCAAUGAGGAGAUUGUCCAGUUUGCUUGCACACGCUUCAAGGCCGAGUACCCCAUCUUUGACAAGGUUGAUGUCAAUGGUAACAAUGCUGCGCCCCUCUACAAGUACCUGAAAUCCAACAAAGGAGGCCUAUUCGGAGACAGCAUCAAGUGGAACUUCUCCAAGUUCUUGGUUGACAAGGAGGGUCAUGUCAUGGAUCGUUACGCUCCAACCACUUCCCCUCUGAGCAUUGAGAAGGAUAUCAAGAAGCUGCUUGGGAGCUCUUAAACCAUCUGGCUGGAACCUGUAGAAAUAUCAGCGCUAAAAACUAUAAUAAAGUUGUGUUAAUAAAUAGUGCUCCGUAUUUCAGAUGUUGCAGUACUUGGCUACAUGUGGCUUGCAUGUACUCUGUACACGCCUUUGAAUGAAUUCCCAUACUUUAUCAGUUCACUAUA